AUGGAGGGCCAGCCUUGCCCUAGCCUGGGGAUCCUCCCUGGAAAAUCUGCGGCGCCGAGUCCUCCGUCCUGCAUUGCCCUGCUCAAGGUGCACCGGGAGCUGCUGGUCAGCACGGUCCGAAACACGCAGUGCCUCCUUGACAACUUGCUCAAGAAUGACUACUUCUCCGCUGAAGAUGCUGAGAUUGUUGCCCAGUUUCCAACUCAAGCAGAUAAGGUGCGCAAAAUUCUAGACUUGGUUCAAAGCAAGGGAGAAGAAGUUUCCGAAUAUUUCAUCCAUGUGCUGCAGAAAGUCACGGAUGCUUAUUAUGAGCUUCAGCCUUGGUUGGAUGAAAUAGGUUACCAGCCUUCAGAGAAUAUUCGUGGUAAACCUGUGGAAAAUACAGAUCCAGUUAGCAGGUAUUGUCAGAAACUCCGACAUGAACUGGGCCGGGACUCCAAGUUUGUCAUGUCGUACGCGCAGAGGGAAGAGAUGCUGCUUGAGGAAAUCUACUCUAACAAUAUUAUGGAGCUGCUCAGCUUUACCAACGAGAGCCUAGGCAAAGUGUCCCAGCUAGAAGCCCUUUUUGAUGACACUGUUGGGCUAAUUAAUGAAGAUGGAGAAACCAUCUAUGUCUACGGUGAUGCAGGAAUUGGAAAGUCCAUCAUGCUGCAGAAGAUCCAAAGCCUUUGGGCCAGGCACGAGUUGGAUAUAGGGGCCAAAUUUUUUUUCCGUUUCCGAUGCAGGAUGUUUAGUUGCUUUAAAGAAAAUGAGGCCAUGUGCUUGAAAGACCUUUUGUUCAAAUACAACUGCUACCCCGACCAGGACCCCGCGGAGGUGUUCCGUCACAUCCUGCACUUCCCUCAUACCGUUCUUUUCACGUUUGAUGGCUUCGAUGAGAUCUACUCUAACUUUGAUCUUGGCAGCGUUCCCGAGAUGUGCUCACCCACCGAGCCGAUCCAUCCCCUGGUGCUGCUGGUAAACCUCCUCAGAGGAAAGCUGCUGAAGGGAGCCAGGAAAAUUCUUACGGCGAGAACAGGAACUGAGAUCCAAAGAAACAUCAUUAGGAAGAAAGUGCUGCUCCGUGGCUUCUCCAGCAGUAACCUGAAGGAAUACACUGCCAUGUUUUUCAAGGACGAGGGGCAGCGAACACUCGUGUUGAACCAACUGGAAGCUAACCCCAGUCUCUGCAGUUUGUGUUCAGUGCCUUUAUUUUGUUGGAUUAUCUUUAAGUGCUAUGAACACUUCCAUUCCGUGUUUGACAGCCAUGAAAUUCCAGACUGCUCUGUUACAUUGACGGAUGUAUUUUUGGUCAUGAUUGAAGUCCAUCUGAACCGAUCUCUGAAAAUGAGUUUGCUGAAGAACAACACCAGGAGCCAGGCAGAGACAUUCAGGUCAAGAAAGGAAUCUCUUCUGGCUUUGGGCGAAAUUGCAUACAAAGGGAUGCAGAACUCCUUGUUUAUCUUUGAGCAGGAGGAGGUCUCAUCAGUGAACAUUUCUGAGGAGGAUUUGCAAUUGGGCUUUCUCAGGACAGUUCAGAAUUACAGUGGCUGUGAAGGUCAGUCCAUUUACGAGUUCUUGCACUUAACCCUUCAGUCUUUUUUCACAGCUUUGUUCCUGGUCAUAGAAGAGAAAGUGAGUUCCAAGCAAUUGCUUAAGUUUUUCAAUGAAUCCUCUUCCACCAGCACCACCCAGUCUACUUGCCUACGUAUUCCUUGGCUGAGAAAACCACUGGCAGGGGAGGAUCCCUUCCGAAAUAACGAACAUUUUCACUUCACCAACCUUUUUCUUUGUGGCCUGCUUUCCAGAUCCAGGCAGAAGCUCCUCAGGCAUUUAGUUCUGCCCGCAGUCAUUAAGAGGAAGAGAAAGACGCUCUUCACAUACCUUGGGGAGAGCAUGAAAGCCCACCUUAAAAACCUCACUCGCUCCAGGUUUCCAAACUACUAUCAGAUCCAGGUGCAGCCCAACUUUGUGUGGAUGCUGCGGUGCCUUUACGAGACGCAGAGCCAGAAGGUGAGCAAGCUGGCUGCCAAGUGCAUGCGUGCCAACUACAUCAAGCUCACCUACUGCAACGCCUACUCCGGCGACUGCAGCGCUCUCGCCUUCGUGAUGCACCACGUCCAGAAGCGCCUGGGCCUCGAUCUGGACAACAACAACAUCAACGACUACGGAGUGAAAGAGCUGCUGCCUUGCUUCAGCAAACUCGCCGUGAUCAGGCUCAGUGUAAAUCAAAUCACGGAUCACGGAGUCAGGAUCCUGUAUGAAGAACUCUCCAAGUACCAGAUUGUGACCUUUCUGGGCUUAUACAACAAUCAGAUCACUGAUGUUGGAGCCAAAUAUGUUGCAAAGCUAAUUGAAGAAUGUGCAAGCCUUGAAUAUGUGAAAAUAGGAGCAAACAAAAUAACCAGUGAAGGAGGGAAGUGCCUUGCCCAGGCCAUACAGAAGAACAAAAAGAUGUUUGAAAUCGGGAUGUGGGGUAACCAAGUUGGGGACGAAGGAGCCAAGGCGUUUGCAGAGGCCCUGCGGAACCACCCCAGGCUCACCAACGUGAGCCUCGCGUUCAACGGCAUCACAACAGAGGGAGGCAAGUGCAUCGCUGAGGCCAUGCAGCACAACGACUCCGUGAGGAUAUUCUGGCUUAUCCAGAAUAAAAUUACAGCCAAAGGGGUGAAGUACCUCAGCGAGGCCCUCAAGGAGAACAUGGCCAUUAAAGAAGUCUGUUUGAACGGGAACCCCAUAAGCCGAGAGGAGGCCAAAGCCUUUGAGAAUGAAGCACGGAUCAUCUGCUUCUGAACGAGGACCUGCCUGGUUUGUCAAGAUUCGUGUUGCAGAGCUUGCUCCUCCGCUUGGACUGCAGGGAAAAGGCAAAAGUCGGCACUGCUCAUGGCCAGAGAGCCAUACAGGAUGAGCUGCCUGUUUGUGAACGGUCUGCACUCCCUCAGCUCCAUACCCUGCCCUGCCUGUUGCACUUAAUCCUUUUGGGGAGCGGGGAAUUGCCUUGGCAAAUAAUUCAUGUUCAUAUGGUGCUUUGACAUGGAAUUGCAGAGUGUUACCAGACCAAACCCGCUGGUAGGUGUAUGCAUCUUGAUAAGUGAGUUUAGGUUUACACUGUACAGUGAUGUAAAUAAUCUCUAACUUAUUUAUAUGUAUAAAGAUAUAUAUGGGUGCAAGAUGCACAAACUCCGUAAACUCACAGUAUUAUAUUCCUCCUAACAGAAGCAUCAGCAUGCAUAGCCUUGCUGAAAACAUAAACCAUCUGUAGGAGCUGUGUGGUACUUACUGUUGCUUUCACCAUGAAUAUUUGUCUCCUGCCUAGAAAUCAGGCCCUGCAUUGUAGGCACUGAAUUUAUGGAGAAAUGAAUACCUCGGGCCUAGAUUACUUUCAGUAAUCUUUUUUUUUUCCACACUGAAGCCAAUACAUUUACUUUUCUUCAAUCAAAAGCCCUCGCUCACGUCACCAUAAAAUCGUCCUACUGGCAGUAAAGCACCUUUGCUUAAAAUUUCCAAAGGGCUGCAUGGAAACUGCCACCUCCUGUUACCACAGUGCUUAUUCUGGGAGGUCUGGAGAUAAAUGUGAAAAAUUAAUUAGCAGGCUGUUCACUGCCUUGGCUCGUGGCCUAGACACUGUGCUGGUGGCAAUACACCGAUAUGAAGUUGCCUAGCUUCAGUG